UCACUUCCGCCCCGCCCCCGCUCUCGCGAGAUCCGCCGCUUCCGGCCCCGGCGCGGCCCUUUCCGACCGGAGCCUGCCGCGAUGGCGGAGGUGGAGCAGAAGAAGAAGAGAACCUUCCGCAAGUUCACCUACAGAGGCGUGGACCUGGACCAGCUCCUCGACAUGUCCUACGAGCAGCUGAUGCAGCUGUACAGCGCCCGGCAGCGGCGGAGGCUCAACCGCGGCCUGCGCCGCAAGCAGCAGUCCCUGCUGAAGCGCCUGCGCAAGGCCAAGAAGGAGGCACCCCCCAUGGAGAAGCCUGAGGUGGUGAAGACUCACCUGAGGGACAUGAUCAUCCUGCCGGAGAUGGUGGGCAGCAUGGUGGGCGUCUACAACGGCAAGACCUUCAACCAGGUGGAGAUCAAGCCCGAGAUGAUUGGUCACUACCUGGGGGAGUUCUCCAUCACCUACAAGCCAGUGAAGCAUGGCAGGCCUGGCAUCGGUGCCACCCACUCCUCCCGCUUCAUCCCGCUCAAGUAACAGGGCCUGGAGGUGUAAAUAAAGAGAUUGCUCCCA